AUGGCGGCGGCGGCGGCGGGGCCCGAGUCGGGCGGCAGCAGCGGCAGCAGCGGCGGCCUCGGCGGAUCCAACACCUUCAAAAAAUCCCUGACUCCUGAGAUGCCAGGAGGAUCCCAAACCAUCCGGAAGGGCCACAGAGGAGUGGAUUCCACGGGGGAAACCACCUACAAAAAGACCACGUCGUCGGCGCUGAAGGGCGCCAUCCAGCUGGGCAUCACUCACACCGUGGGCAGCCUCAGCACCAAGCCCGAGCGGGACGUGCUCAUGCAGGACUUCUACGUCGUCGAGAGCAUCUUCUUCCCCAGCGAGGGCAGCAACCUCACCCCCGCCCACCACUACAACGAUUUCCGCUUCAAGACCUACGCGCCCGUGGCCUUCCGCUACUUCCGGGACGAGCCCCUGAUCGAGCUCUCCAACUCGGGCGCCAGCGGCUCGCUCUUCUACGUGUCCAGCGACGACGAGUUCAUCAUCAAAACCGUGCAGCACAAGGAGGCCGAGUUCCUGCAGAAGCUCCUGCCUGGAUACUACAUGAACCUGAACCAGAACCCCCGCACCCUGCUGCCCAAGUUCUACGGGCUGUACUGCGUGCAGGCCGGGGGCAAGAACAUCAGGAUCGUGGUGAUGAACAACCUGCUGCCCCGCUCCGUGCGCAUGCACCUCAAGUACGACCUCAAGGGCUCCACCUACAAGCGCCGGGCGUCCCAGAAGGAGAGGGACAAAGUUUUCCCCACCUUCAAGGACCUGGAUUUCAUGCAGGACCUCCCUGACGGGCUCUUCCUGGACUCGGACAUGUACAACGCCCUGUGCAAGACGCUGCAGAGGGAUUGCUUGGUGCUGCAGAGUUUCAAGAUCAUGGAUUACAGCCUGCUGGUGGCCAUCCACAACCUGGACCAGGCGCAGCGCGAGCGCGCGGCCGGCACGGCCGGAGGGGACGGCGACGGCCCCGGGCGGCCGGCGGCACAGAGAGCGCUCUACUCCACGGCCAUGGAGUCCAUCCAGGGAGAGGCACCCCGGGGAGGCACCUUCGAGACUGAGGACCAGUGA